AUGGCAAGGAGAUAUGACUCACGUACCACGAUCUUCUCGCCAGAGGGACGAUUGUAUCAAGUCGAGUAUGCGAUGGAAGCUAUCAACCAUGCCGGAACGGUGAUCGGGAUCUUGGCCUCUGGUGGUACCUCAGCCGCGGCAGGAGAAGAAACUAAGACGACCAGCUCAGAAGAUGUAGCGAUGUCUGAUGCCAGUCCCCUUGCUACUAAACCUACCGAGCCCAUCGCUACCAAGAAAGGCAAGAGACGCACUGGGAUCGUUCUUGCCGCCGAGAAGAAGGUGACCAGCAAAUUAUUGGAAAAGGAGGAAGGCACGGGGGAGAAGAUUUUCUUGAUCAAUGGAAACUUGCUAUCCGGUGUUGCAGGCUACACAGCCGAUGCUAACUCUUUAGUGAACUACUCGCGUAACGUUGCUCAAGGACAUUUGAUGUCUUACGAUACUGACAUGCCUGUAGAGCAGAUGGUUAAAAGACUCUGUGAUUUGAAGCAAGGCUACACUCAGUUUGGAGGACAGCGUCCAUUUGGUGUAUCGUUUCUGAUUGCCGGAUAUGAUCCUCAUCAUCAAUUCCAACUGUAUUCAACCGAUCCCUCCGGAAACUAUGCCGCUUGGAAAGCCACUUGUAUCGGAAGUGGCAACUCAACUGCCACCUCCUUACUCCGACAAGAUUACAAAGAUACGAUGGACCUCGACGAAGCGAUUGUUCUUGCACUCAAAGUGCUCAGCAAGACGAUGGAUGAUACGAGUCUCAGCUCAGACCGAGUCGAGUUUGCCGUAAUCUCUACCGAUGAAGACUCCGGUCAACCUCAUGUACGAAUCUAUAAGCCGGCAGAAAUCGACGAGCUUUUGAAGGCUCAAGGGCUGACUAAGGUCCCUGAAUCAGCGACAGAAACAGCCAUGAAAUCUUAA